GCGAAGAAGCUUCUGCACCAGCGCAUCGCGAACCUCGCUCCAAGUCACCCGCCCCGAAGCUACUAUUCUAUUAGGGCCGACCCCGUCAUCUUCUAGGUGCCGCGCCCGCCAUCGAAUAAAUCGCAACUAAUCCGUCUUUCCCGCCAUUGCCAGCAGCUAUAUCUCUCUACCUCCUCUACGAAGCCCCUCGAGAACCAACCAUCCAAGAUGGACUUCUCCGACUCAUUCCGGAUCGUCAACCUCGCCGUAGGCGUUAUGAUGGUGCUGGGCGGCAUCUCGCAGUUCUUCAACCUAAGCCUACAAUCCGUCAUCAUCGGCACCUACGUCAUCAUCUUCGGCGCUGCCGUCGCCCUGCUCGAGUUUCAGAUCCCGCCCCAGGUCGCGCGCUAUGCCUCUUUCAUGUUCUCCUUCAUCGGCCGCGGUAUCUUCUACAUAUUCGUCGGCUCUAUCCUGAUCAAUAACCACGUCUUGCGUAUCAUCGCCGGCAGCACCAUCGGCAUCACCGGCAUCGGCUACGUCGUCCUCGAAUUUAUCCCCUCCAUCGAGCCUCCUUCGAAUAUGCGGGAGGCCGACGCCGGCUGGGGCGCUGAGCAGGUCUAAAGCCGGCACACCCUCCUUUGUGGGGACGACCUAUAGAGGCUCUCUCCAACCCUCACUCAUCCCCCUUUUCGCGUGAGGGCCAGGGGGGGAGGUGCGGGUAAACCUUACCUCUCGCCGUCACACGCGCACUCUUCGGGACAUUACCGCCGCUCGAUGUUUUGGUUCUGUCGCGUCGCUACUGUAUCGCACGUCGGUUGAUUGGUUCGGUCUUGUCGUCGGGCGUGGCCGGUUGGUUUAGUCGGAUAAGGGGGUGAUUAUUAGGAGGGGAG